CCUAAUACAUGCCAAAAUAAACAUUGGGUCAUUUGAAUAGUUAUUGUUGUAAAUGUCAAGAUCAUAAUAUGAGUUCCAAAACCUCACCUACCUCUUGCGAUAUUUCCAUAUUUAGCAAUAUUCACAUUUAAAAACAAAGCAUAAGACAACAAAAGUUUUACAACUUCAUAUCGAAUUGGAACAUAUUACGAUAUCCAUCAUGAAAGCUAGCAUUGCAAAUUGAGUCGAGUGUACAGUUCAAUCGUUAUGAACCAUAAAAUCAAAUAUGCUCUAAGAAUCAUAUCAUGACUUGAGUUGUUCAUUUGUAUCGUUUAUACUUUGUACCACGCACUCGCCACUACCUCGUGAUAGUCAAAACCUCGUAUCAGAAUGUGGUUCGAUUCUAAGAAGAACAUGUUCGUUACACCGUGUUCUUUUACUAUUGGAAUAAUAGGCAUUGGGUUGGUUUGAGAGUGGAGAGUGGAGAUAACUAAACGUGUAACAUCAUUAUAGACUUGUGGUAGUUACUAACCAGUAACCAAUUGGCAACGUGCAAAGAAUCUAUGGUUUGAUUUGGUAUAAUAUUCUCGCACGUGAAGCGAGUGAUAAGCUUAGUUCAUCGCCUCGCCUGUGGCUGGCUUUCCGGCUGUUAGAUUUAGUUGGGGUGAUGACGACGACAUCGGCGCAGCCCGCCAACUAAUCUGUCGUCGUCGCUUUACGUCGUGAUCAGCAAACCGUCGUCGGAAUUUGCCGAUUUGGAUUCGUUUCUUUUCACUUGCAAUGUCCAUAUAAUAGGAAGUUUUGUUUACACGACAUAGAGAUGAUGAGAACCAUCUUACAUGGUUCAAUAGGUUUAGUGAUAUAUAGGGGUGGUGGCUCGGUUUUGUGUUAUCUAUUUUAACCGAAAUUGAAUUGAUUUUUAAGACUUAUCGGGUUCUCUUAAUGAGAACCAACAAACUUAUGGGGGGAAGGAGAUUCAUUGGCAGUAAGUAGACCUGACUAUGAUUACCCACACUAUACGAACACAAACUUGAAGUAAUCACACCUGAAUCUAGCAGGAAAAUAAGAACUUUACAAGUUGUGUUGAAUUGAGUUCUUACGGACUUGAUAUGAACAUAUUAUUACGAUAUAUAUAACUAAUUCAAUCUAUGAUAAAACACACAUGACACAAUUUGGUGGACAAGACUGACUAAUUCUAACCGUUCUUGCCAAUUUGCUAAAUUAUGACCUUGUUUAUCACAAUUUUAAUUUUCAACUAAAAAGCUCAUCAUAACAGAUCGUGUAUGAUCAUUGGGAGCUAGCAAAUACAAUUCAUUAUUGACACUUAUAGACAAUUAUGUAGUGGUUGAUUAACUCAUCCUUUAAUUAUGAGGUAUGAGAUUCGAUCGUUAGCUCAUUAUAGUAAACUCGAUCAUUAGCCCAUUAUAAUAGAAUGCCAUGUGUGAUCAAUCAUUUAAUUUUUACCCAUACUAAGAAAUUAGCUCAUUAGCCCAUCAUAAUGGAUCGUGUAUGAUCAUUGGGAGUUGGCAAAUACAGUUCAUUAUUGACACUCGUAAACAGUUAUGUAGUGAUUGACUAACUCAUCGUUUAAUUAUGAAGAGUGAGAUUCGAUCAUUAACUCAUUAUAAUAAACGCGAUCAUUAGCUCAUUAUGAUUGAACACCCCAUGUGAUCAAUCAUUUACCGCUUCUGAUAUGAUCCAAAUUGGCCACUUCUACAAGUCACAAUUACUUGCCAAAGAAGCUAUCAAGGUUGGAAAGAAGAAAGGCAGAAUUUGGCUAAGUCUAAAUCCGUGUUCAGGGUACAUACUUUGACGGCAUGGUUCUCUCAAUUGGCUUGGUGGAAAUUCAAGGUUAAGGGUUUGUUUUGCAGAUAAAGUUUCCAUCUUUCCAAUGGUAUGCUUUGUGGAUCCAGAUGAUGUCAUUAAGGUUGUUUUCCAAGGCCUCAAAGUUGCUACCUCAAAACUGGAAAACUGCCAGAAUUUGGUUAAGGCAGAAACUGUGUUCAAGAAGCCUACUUUGGAGCUCCAUUCCAGAAGCAUGGAUGAGAUUCGAGUCCAGAGGCUUAUACCACAUGAAAGUAGGUAUGUUCUACUACAAAGACAUGGCGUUGGAUGAUUGGAAGCUUACCUGGAAGGCUUUGAUCGAGAGGCUCAAAGAUGGCAUCAAAGCUGUUUGGUUACUUGGAGCUAAAGGCAGAUUUCUUUUCUUGUUUAGUUAGGAUUUCAUUGUUUUGGUAGUUUUUGAUUCCUUUUCGUAUUAGACUGUAAUUAGGAGUUUAUGGGACGUGUGUAACCCUAGCUAGGCCUAUUUAAGCUUUCUAUUUCGUUGUAAAACUAAGACUUUGAUUAAUCGAAAUUGAGAACCGUUUGGUUUGUGCAAGUUGCGACUUGUUUUGGGUUUGGUGAAUUCCAAACUUGCUGAGCUUUGUAUCGAUUGAAUAUUCCCUUCAAUCGUGGUCGAGCAACUACCCUUUUAUACCAAUCGAGCUAUCCCCAUGUAUGGAUUUGUCCUUUUGGUUCCGUUUUAUCCAAGUUCGUAUUAAGAACGCUUCGUUCUUGAUUCGAGCUCAAUCGAUUCUUCGAUUGAGUCGUUAGCUGCGUGACUUUGGUAAUAUACACCCCCCAGGGGCGUAUCAAGUGGUAUCAGAGCCCCGUUCAAAUCAGUGGCGAUUUUUGAAGAAUUCUGCAGCAAAAUCAAUGGCCAUGGUGGUCGAAUUGGAGCAAGCUAAUUUGACGUCGUACACGCGCUGUUUGGUGGGAGAGAAGGUGUGUUCCGUGUACGUCAAUGGUGAGAGCAAAUCAAACCUGAUUAGCUCUCGUGCAGUGGCUAAAUUGGGGCUGUCGACUCGAAAACAUCCAGCUCCUCAUUCAGUGUCAUUGCUGGAAACAGGAAGCUCUGUUUUCGUAACAGAGGAGGUGACCUUACCUUUCAAAAUUGGAAGCUACGAGGAUGAGGUUCGGUGUGACGUGGUUCCUCUAAAAAUAACUCAUAUAGUGCUGGGUAAUCCUUGGCACGUCGAUCGCGGAGCUCGACGGAGCAGAAGAACAAACCACAUCAGGUUGCGCCAUUGUGGGACAAGUUUUGCUUUGAAGUUUCUCUCGCCGGAAGAAGCGGCUGACGAUCAAGCCACGUUGCUGAAACAAGUACGUGGCGAGGAGGAAUUGCUGCUGGCGAUGGAGGUUUCAAAUAAGGAGCAGCAGCCGGAGAUCAAGCUCGUUGAGGAAGAGCUGUCCGAUGGAGUUGUGCGCCUCUGUUUUCCGUCAACAAAGCAGAGUAUGAGAGAGGGAGAGUUGGCUGGCAAUCUGGGAAGCGAGUUGAUCACAGACCCGCAACCCAACACCUUUCCUCCGGCAGUGGGAAGCUCUUCCCUUGAACUGGCAGGCUCGAGUUCAACCGAUUUGCAGAAGCCUGAUCGAGCUCCAACACCUCUGCAACUGUCCGAACAUGAUGAACAAUUGUGUGAUCUGGUCGGAGCAAUAGGGGCACAGUCGAACUCGACCAACGCAGCCGAUUCCGUCCACACAACCCCAGGAAUGACAACAAUGAAAGAGCUCGACCCAAAGCCAGCUGAUUCGCAGAAUUCGAUUUGGAGCAAAACUCCCCUGGAAACGGCAGAACUGGACGUGAAAUUGCUUGAAUGGGUUGGGGAGUUUGGAGCUGAUUCGACACAAUCAGAUGAUUCGAAACCAUCAAGGUUGAUCCCAGGAAGCUGUAGGAAGGAGCAAUUAGACUUGGAGCUUCCUGAGUCAGAAACGCCCAAUUCUGAAAUCAAAAUUCUGGUUUCCCGGAAUUUGACUUCCUACGACGGCGGGAAAAACCCAGAUGACCAUUCGACGCGUUCCAGAAACAAUCGAUGCUGGAAAUCGAUCGAGAAGUAUAAUUCAAUGAUGGAUCAAGCCGAUUCGAGCAGUAGAUUGCAGAUUGGAGGCUCGAAUCCUUGCCGUUCAACUUUCGACGACUUCUCCGAGUUCGUCGCGAAGCUGGGGAGUAUCGUGAAGGUUCUGGCCGCGUUUCCAACGUUGAUCAUCGUCGAUAUUGAUCUGGGAAGUGAAGUGGAGGAUCAAUAUGCUUUAGUUCUCACAAAAUCAUCCAUGACUAACAACAAGGCAGAAGGCAGUGAGGAUUUGAAUAACAAUGAAGAACGUUUGGGAUGCACUUUUGAAGACCCAUUUUGGGCACCUUCUAGUCGUAUUUUGGCUUUCAAAAUCAUACAAGCUUUGAGGGCAAAGCUUUUUGAAGAGGGGGAGCCUGAUAUGAUCCAAAUUGGCCACUUCUACAAGUCAAAAUUACUUGCCAAAGAAGCUAUCAAGGUUGGAAAGAAGAAAGGCAGAAUUUGGCUAAGUCUAAAUCCGUGUUCAGGGUACAUACUUUGGCGGCAUGGUUCUCUCAAUUGGCUUGGUGGAAAUUCAAGGUUAAGGGUUUUUUUUGCAGAUAAAGUUUCCAUCUUUCCAAUGGUAUGCUUUGUGGAUCCAUAUGAUGUCAUUAAGGUUUUUUUCCAAGGCCUCAAAGUUGCUACCUCAAAACUGGAAAACUGCCAGAAUUUGGUUAAGGCAGAAACUGUGUUCAAGAAGCCUACUUUGGAGCUCCAUUCCAGAAGCAUGGAUGAGAUUCGAGUCCAGAGGCUUAUACCACAUGAAAGUAGGUAUGUUCUACUACAAAGACAUGGCAUUGGAUGAUUGGAAGCUUACCUGGAAGGCUUUGAUCGAGAGGCUCAAAGAUGGCAUCAAAGCUGUUUGGUUACUUGGAGCUAAAGGCAGAUUUCUUUUCUUGUUUAGUUAGGAUUUCAUUAUUUUGGUAGUUUUUGAUUCCUUUUCGUAUUAGACUGUAAUUAGGAGUUUAUGGGACGUGUGUAACCCUAGCUAGGCCUAUUUAAGCUUUUUAUUUCGUUGUAAAACUAAGACUUUGAUUAAUCGAAAUUGAGAACCGUUUGGUUUGUGCAAGUUGCGACUUGUUUUGGGUUUGGUGGAUUCCAAACUUGCUGAGCUUUGUAUCGAUUGAAUAUUCCCUUCAAUCGUGGUCGAGCAACUACCCUUUUAUACCAAUCGAGCUAUCCCCAGGUGUGGAUUUGUCCUUUUGGUUCCGUUUUAUCCAAGUUCGUAUUAAGAACGCUUCGUUCUUGAUUCGAGCUCAAUCGAUUCUUCAAUUGAGUCGUUAGCUGCGUGACUUUGGUAAUAUACACCCCCCCCCCCCCGGGGCGUAUUAGCUUCCAAUGACAAGAAAUUAUUCACUUCUUAAGAGUUAUCAUUAGUCACUUUUUAAGAGUUUUUUUUUACCCUGGUGGUAGUACACCACUAGUCAACAGUAUCAUUUAUAGUGGAAACUUAAAACUGCCACCUCCAUUCAAAAAAUCCUGCCUCUAGAGUGUUUUUCGGUGUGCUGACGUGUCUGAGAUUACAGCCGGCGGUUUCCCUCUCUGCUUUCUGUAAACGCUAUUUUGUUGUGCUGGUUUCUUUUGUGCGCCUCCCAACAAACAGUACUAGCUAUUCCCCUUCCUCCCUGAAACCCAUUCGUUGUAGCACCAACCACAAUUUCAAUCACUCGAUCCCUUUCUCCCUAUGGAUGACAUGACUGCAAUAUACAAGUGUCGCCCAAAUUAAUUUCCAGUAUCUCCUCUUCUCCACUGCUUCGCUCAUUCGCCGGCGGUUUUCCUCUUUCCCUGCCAAUUUCCAUUAUGUUUUCUCCGCCAUUCCAAAAAGAAAGCCUCGCUGCUCAAAGACUCAGACCGACGAAUUUCUGUGUAAAAUAGAAGAAUACCCUGGGCUGCUAUGGUUGAUACGACUAUGACUCAUAUUUGUGAAUCAAAGAUGGUGGCGUGUAAGUCAUCGAGGGAGUUGCUGGGUAACAGAUUGCUUUAGAUAUAGCUUCGUAUUUUUGUUUUGAUUUUACUUUUGUGAGAUCAGGUUUCCAUGGCGGUGAGUAGAAGGGAACUAAAUGAAUGAAAUAGGGCAGCUCGGUUUCCAUGGAUGUAGGUCUCCACGACAGUGAUUGAUGCAUAAUUUGAGGUUAAUUCAUUUCCAGUUGUCUUUGUGGCGCAUUCACGAUUUUCGGUGUUUUCCCCAGCUUUGAUUAGAGAUUGCUGUAGACAUUUCUUUCUGUGGCUUUGAGCUGCUUUUCAUUUUUUAACUUCGUAGUUGAUGUGGAGACAUAUUCAUGUCCAGGCAUUCGACAUGCCUUUGGUUGUUGAUGUUUACGGCAGUCAUUGGUUCGAGGUUAGGAAACCGCAGAUUACCUUUCUUUAGUUCAAGAAUAUUGGGGUUUCACUUUCUCACGUGAACCUAUUUGCCUGAUUCAGAGUUCUUCUAUGGAAGCUUUCAUUGGUAGCUUUUGCAAGGUGGAUUUGCACUUGGGAGCUGUGGUUCUGUUUUUCGAUUAUGGUGAGUGGUUUGUAAGCUGCAUUUGUAUUCGCCUUCCCUUCAACGACUCAUACCACCUGAAUCCCUUCAUGCUUUGGCUUCCACUUCAGGCUUCAGUUACCUCCUAUAACCUUGAAUCACUUUCACUUCGUCUUCCAAUCUUCUGCAAAUCUGAUUUCCCUCUUCCAUUGCUGGGAAAAAUUAUCUUCCAUCUCUUUUUCUGUUUACUUUGUCGGACCAUCUUACGUCGUCGUCUUAUUCUCCUUCCAGAGCGCAAAAAAGGAAAUUGUAGAACAUAUCAAUUGAAGUAGAUGCCAGAAUUAGAUGAAAAUAUUGCCGGAGAACUCAUCCUCUAAAAGUAAUGAGGUAUAUCAUGGGAUUUCAACUCUUAUUAUUUAUCUCUUUUGUUUGUUUGCUAUUUUGUGAAAUUUUGAGCUCUGUUCAGUCAACCCAUUUGUUGAUUAUUCUAAGUUCAUGUUUUUAAUUUUUACCUUUGCUUGGUCAUAGAUUUGAUACAUUGGGACUUAAGAGGGGUGUGGAUGAUCAAGUGAGAUCUGCCAGGUUUGGAUGUAUGUUUCUAUUGUCUUAUACCAUAUCAUUACUAUUCCAAGUUCUUGAACACCAAACUUAAGCUUCAUUGUUCAUGUUACUCUUUUAUCAUCAACCAAAAACUUCUUUUCCCUGGACCAGACGUCUAAGUAGGAUCGAGGAGUUGGAAAGACCAUGUAUCCAGUGUGAAAUCCAGAAAGUGACCAAUGAUCUUUCUUUCCUCUCAGUCUUUGGUGGUAUGUUCCCUAAUUUCCCUCCCCUUCCCUCCUUUUUAAUUCCUCCUUUGGGAUUUUUUGACUGGUUUGCAUCAUCCCUAUCUCAUGGAGGCAGCAAUACUGCUUGAUCUGCUUUUGUCAGCUUAUAUUUUAUAGCCUUCAAUAUGUGAUGUCUAAUCUAUUUUGUUUCUUUUAAAAAAUUCCAUUCAAUUCCGUUCUAUGUCUUUGUCGAUUUCGUCUGUAGGAUAGUAUGUUAGAAUGCUUUGAAAACGAGAAUGGGUUCAUGGAACCAGUUUGCUUUCUCCUUCAAGUUUUUGUUUGGGGGUUAGUUGUUGCAUUAUCAACUUUGUUUACUCUUUCAUAUUCAACAUUCUUAAGCUUUUUAGAUGGUUCCUUACCCAUCUUCUUCAUCUCUGCAAGUAUUGUUAAUUAUGGCUAUUGUUUAUUCCUUUUGCAUUUGUUGUCUAUACACAUCCUCUUAUUCUAAUGUUCUAUAUCAAUUUCAAAUGUUGGUGUCCUAUCGUGUCCUACCAACAUAAGUAAUCGUAUAGGUUAAGCUAUAGGAAUCACAAACCCAGGGAAAGGAUAGUGUGGCAAAGUGAAUCACCAGAGAAAUAGACUUGGUGAUUGUUUUGAAGUUAAUUGGGUUUGGUGUUCUUUUUCAAUUUCAAUGACAAAUGGAUAUAUGGGUGAUUAAUAAGGAUGUUAUGAUUUA